GGCUGUUGAUAUCAAUAUGGCGGUUGUCAGCCAGACAAAGACAGUCAGUCUGAUGUGAUUGAGACAAGGGAGGUUUUCAGGGGGAGACUGGGAGAUAGGGGCCUCCCCUCCCCCUUCUCCUCUUCCUGCGCCGGCCUCCACCCCUCCCCAGUCCCCUCCCGACGGGCGCCCCACGCGGAAGAUACCCCUCCCCCUCCCGCUGUCCCUCCUCCCUACCUCAGCCCUUCGUACUGGGACGUUGGGGAGGGGGCUGUGCCGGGCGGAGAGAACUCAGCAAGGAUUCUGAGAAUGGUAAAUAACGCUGAUCAUCUCUGGAAAGGAUAUUGAUCCGCCUCAUGUAAAGUAUGCUCAGUUCCUUUCCAGUGGUUUUGCUGGAAACCAUGUCUCACUAUACAGAUGAACCCAGAUUUACCAUAGAGCAGAUAGAUCUGCUACAGCGCCUUCGGCGUACCGGAAUGACUAAACAUGAAAUUCUCCAUGCCUUGGAAACUUUGGACCGUCUUGAUCAAGAGCAUAGUGACAAAUUUGGAAGAAGGUCCAGCUAUGGAGGAAGUUCAUAUGGGAACAGUACCAACAAUGUCCCAGCAUCUUCCUCUACGGCUACAGCUUCCACACAGACCCAGCAUUCGGGAAUGUCCCCAUCACCUAGCAACAGUUAUGAUACCUCCCCACAGCCUUGCACUACCAAUCAGAAUGGGAGAGAGAAUAAUGAGCGAUUGUCCACAUCCAAUGGAAAGAUGUCGCCAACUCGCUACCAUGCAAACAGCAUGGGUCAGAGGUCAUACAGUUUUGAAGCCUCAGAAGAGGACCUAGAUGUAGAUGAUAAAGUGGAGGAAUUAAUGAGGAGGGACAGCAGUGUGAUAAAAGAGGAAAUCAAAGCCUUUCUUGCCAAUCGGAGGAUUUCCCAAGCAGUUGUUGCACAGGUAACAGGUAUCAGUCAGAGCCGGAUCUCUCAUUGGCUGUUGCAGCAGGGAUCAGACCUGAGUGAACAGAAGAAAAGAGCAUUUUACCGAUGGUAUCAACUUGAGAAGACAAACCCUGGGGCUACACUAAGUAUGAGACCAGCCCCUAUUCCAAUAGAGGACCCUGAAUGGAGACAAACGCCUCCCCCAGUCUCUGCCACCUCUGGGACCUUCCGCCUACGACGAGGGAGUCGAUUUACCUGGAGAAAGGAGUGCCUGGCUGUGAUGGAAAGUUACUUCAAUGAGAAUCAAUACCCAGAUGAAGCAAAGAGAGAAGAAAUUGCAAAUGCUUGCAAUGCAGUUAUACAGAAGCCAGGCAAAAAACUGUCAGAUCUGGAACGAGUCACCUCCCUGAAAGUGUAUAAUUGGUUUGCUAACAGGCGGAAGGAGAUCAAGAGGAGAGCCAACAUCGAAGCAGCAAUCCUGGAGAGCCAUGGGAUCGAUGUACAGAGCCCAGGAGGCCACUCCAACAGUGACGAUGUCGACGGGAACGACUACUCUGAGCAGGAUACUUGGCAAGUACGCAAUGGGGAGGAGGAGGAGGGAAGAAGUUCAGAGGGAGGCAGAGAAGCAGAGAAGGAUGACAGCACGAGCCAUAGUGACCACCAAGACCCCAUCUCAUUAGCUGUGGAAAUGGCAGCAGUCAACCACACUAUCUUGGCAUUGGCCCGACAAGGAGCCAACGAAAUCAAGACAGAGGCCCUGGAUGAUGACUGAUCAGGGAGGUUAAACACGACAAGUUAACUUAGUUUAGAUGUAGCACCUUAGCAGACUUUCCUCAGUCCUUAACAUGUGUUCUUACAGUAUAACUUGCAGUUUCUUGUAUGUCAGGUAGCCGUUAGGGUCUUGUUCUGUGAAGAUGGCAUGGUGCCCUCAGCCUUUGCAUAUACUCUCUCAGUAUUAAUUCCCAGUAACUAAUAACCAACGAACCAACCUUCCCCUCCCAGCCCCCGAGGCUAGAAAAUCUUGCUGCUCCGUCUUAGCAUUCCAAGAAAGUGCUUCCAGGUAUUUAGAUAGCCCUCAGUUCUCAAAUCCUAGGCUACAUGUGAAAUCUUGGGUACCUUAGAUUCAUGUAACACUAGUCUGUACCCCGUUUUCCUUCCCCAAGACUGACAGGAUGCAAGCUGAGGUAGUGUCGCAGGAAUGACAGACACCGUUUGGGGAGUAUCUACAGAGUCAAAGGAACACUAGAAUCCCCACCUCAGCGUGAGGGUAAUUGAUUUCCAGCUGCAAUAAGCCGUGCCUCCUUAUAGUCACACCGUGGCUAGAUUACACUUCUCUGGGUGCUGUGCUAAGAAUGUCAAUGGAAAAACUCGAUCUCAGAUUUUGGUGGUUGUUAACAUGCCUGACAGACAUCCUUUCCUCUCACAAGCUGUGUGACUUAGUAGAUAAAAUACUGCCUUCUGCCUUUGGGACCAUAAUUAAAAACAAACAAAAAAGACAAAAAAACAAAAGUUAAAAAAAAAAAAAAAUCCCAGCUUGAGAGCAUUGGAAAAAAACCCUGAGCUGAAUGUCUAAUGGAUGCUUAGUCCAGGUCUCAGAACCAUGUACAUUCCGCGGCACAGUCGCCAGUGCCUGUCUGGAAGAGGUCUGGAGGUUGUCAUGGAAGUUGCUUUGCCUCCUGUUGGUGCCCCUUUUCCCCGCUACCAAAAACAGUCUUUCAAGGAUGGAGCUAAGGUCAAAAAUAAGUGAAAGAACUUAGUCUUUUAUCCAUUAACUGAAGCCCCCGCCCUCUGGGGGGGGGGUGAUAGAGGACAUUGUGGGGGGAUUGUGCUGUCAACAGAGGCAAAGACUUGCCUGAAUAGGAGCAGGAAAAAGCAGGGGACCUUUACCACUUACCUUGUGGCUGUGUGAAUACAACAGGACGUGACUGCUUUGGUGUUCUCUUUACUCUGUCCUUGUAGAGGUGUGAAAAGCUAUAUUGCUACAGGCAAUUUACUUAAUAAUUGGAAGCCAUAUUGAUAAUGGAUGUGGUAAUAUUUGUAAAGUUUAAUCUACUUUAAGCGGCAGUAACUAAUGGAAUUUUUUUCCUUGAUCACAUAUGUAGCACUUUUGUUACUUUUUAAAGAUAUUUAUAUUUGAUAAAUCUUUUUUUCAUUUUGAGAACUCAAAAUACCAAACAGUGAACUUGUGUUAUAAAGUCACCCUGUGAUCACCUUGUCAUCAAGUAGCAAGAUGAUGAACUAUUCAUGCAUCAAAGAAAAUUACAUCUGCUGGCCUUGUAUGAAAAUGAUCUCUUGGCAUCCUGAUUAAAUGACACACUGUCACUGUGGGUAAGAGGAAACAGCCUUCCCUGUAGCAGCACAGGGUGCGUCUGAAAGAGGCACAACUGCUGUGUAUCUUCUUCGUUCCAUCUCUCUGUGUAUAAUGAAGCCUUGUUUAAAGGGGAUCCUGGGGCUGGCUAGUAAGCAGGGCUUCUGUCUUUCUGUCCAUUACCUGAAAAUAAUUACUAAGAUAGAAGGAAGGUGCCAUUUUCUUACCUCUUCACCCCUCCUCCUCCACCAAAUGUAUUCAACUUAAAACUAUUGAGAGAGAGAGAGACACACUUACUGACCUUCCUUGAUUUUCCCUUUCUCAUUCGUGACAUAUUGAAUAUCCGCUGGUUUCUAGCUGGUCUCCCUCCACGUAAGGCACACGCUGAUGCCAUCCUCUCCUCAUCUGUUAAUCCUGCUUAUGUAAGUGUGAGGAAAAGUCUUUGAGAGGACAUGAAAGUGCCACCUUAUAUAUGUCUGUGACUUUAAAGAGCUAUAUGCAGGGCCAGGUCCUGCUCUUGUCCGUGGAUUUCAGGAGGGAAAAAAAUGUAUAUACUUUUUCCAGCUUCCAAGAAUUGAAGUAAAACAGAGCAUCAUCUCUGUUUCGCUGUAUUACUUGAACCAACAAAUUCAAGAGUAGCAUUUGUUAUUCUCAGGAAUAACCCCACCCUCCCCCUGCUCAUAUUCCUUCUUGGUUUAUUUGACUUAUUUCAAUUAGGAGAUUGUGAUACCUUUCUUUCCUUUUAUUUUGCUUUGGAAAAACGUCUUUCCAUUUUGGUGGAAUUUUUGUCUGCUUAUUCUUGGUUGAAUCGGAACAAGGAGAGAAAAAAAUACACUCUGACAAGCCACAUCCAUGAUUUAUUGUAAGGAGAUUAUUAUAAUUGAUAGCUUCUUUAUGGCGGGCUUGCUACUAUCAUUUGUUCUUGCUGGUCUUUUUAAAGGAACAGACUCAAACUGUUAAGACAGCUGCUGUUUCUAAAGAAAUAGAACGAUUGCCAUAGAAGAGCUAAAGGGUUUCAUUGUUUUAAGACCUUUGAGGAGGAAAAAAGGCUUCAGAGAACAAAGGGAGUUCACAUCCUUGACGGGCAGUACCAGGCCCGAUCUGGCAACUGGUGAAACUGAAAGACCGUUUGCACCAACAGAGGACAGCCUCGUGUUGAACUCAGUGCGAACAGGAGGAACGAGUCUCGCACCUGCAGCCCUUGUCGUCUGGGAAGACUGCUGGCCUACUCUGAAGACCCACUGCCUUACAUAUAACUUACUUUUCACCAAGGGUAAGACUUGACUUCCGUUGGGUCUAGAUUGAAAUCUACCAUCAGUUUUCUGUUUGUCACCAGGGCCAAUUCUGCUAUCUCGUCCAGGCCACCUUAGUUCUUGUACUGGCAUAUGAAGCUGCCACUGUUUCAUUUCUGGUAUCUUUGGAUAGUAAACUUCUUUCUUAAGCUUUUUCAGAUUUAGAGAUAGUACUAAAAUAAAAUAGACCUGCUAAGCUGCUCUAUUACUGAAGGGAAAGAGCCAGGCUCUUUACCCUUGCCUGCUGUGCUUUCUGGUUGCUCUGUCAGGCUCUUCUUCCUGGUUAAGGAAGACUUUUAAACAUCUUUUAAAAGUGGGGUGGGGGGAACUUGCCAACAGAUACUCAUGUAACUUGUUAUUUAUUUUUUUGAAGACAUUUUAACUGAAUUCUUACAGUCAGAUGGGUAAGCUUCCCACCCUUUUAAAAACACCUUGCAUAGGGAACUUUUUUAAAGAUGGUUCAUCUUAAUGAGAUGUGCACCUGUCUGUUGACAAUCCUAACGUCAGGUGGUGGCCAGGGGAGGGCAGUACAGUGUGUUCAUACCUGUGUGGACCUUCCAGUGCUGUUCAGUACCAAGUAGACAUUCUGUUGUGUUAGGGCGCCCCGUAUGCAGUCUUCUGCACAAUCUCAAUCCUUUAAGUGGUUGCUAAGUGCAGUUCCCUUCCACCUCCCUGUGGACGCCAGCCAUUCAGUGGGACACCCCCCAGCACGUACAUUCCCAUGGCCCUUCCCAGGGAGGCAGAGACGAUGACACCACCACCACCACCAGUACCUUUCAUCCCAGCUCAGUAGAUGUGACCACCUAGAAAGACAGGAAGAAAAUUAUUAAUAUGAAGUAUACAAAUCUAGUAUAAAUCUCCUACUUCCUGGUAGAUUUAUGAUGACAGACAAUUCAGUGAUCAACAGCACCUAUGUUAAAUCCAAAUAUUCAGUUAUAGUUUUUACCUCAAAGGGGGAUAACUAUGAAGAAUUCAGUUGUUUCAUUUCUCCCUGAUUGGCCUUUAUCUUUAAGAAAUGUUGGCUUUAGAAACUUCUCCCUCGGCUACCAUCAGGCACCAGGUAUAAAUACUUAAUCAGGAAUCUCCGGCCUUGUCCUCUGUGAACAGCUCCUCUGCCAUCUUCCUCUGUCCUCGUCUUGAGUGGAUUUCUUUGCUGGAAUUUUUUUUUUAUCACAUGACAGGCAGUAGGUGGGUGUGGUUCAUCUCAUGACACAAACACUCCUUCCUGUCUUGACCAGCUACGUAUUCCACUGACCAGCUGUAUCAUCUGUGCCCACAACUGUGGAAAUAAUCCCUUUUUCACAAAUGAUCCCCAACCCCGUCCUAAAAAUGUGAACUUCAAGUCCUUACUCUCUUCAAUCUUAAGAAGGGUUUGGUUAGAAGCAGUCUUCCCGUUUAACUCGUGGCUCUGCCUUUUUAAAUUGCUUUUUAUCUUUUGUUGUUCAGAGAACAACCAGAGUAUUUUCUCCCCAGUGAGUCUCAACAGAUUCUUAGGCAAUAAUUUUCCUUAUUCUUGAUGAUCUUACAGUCCUGACCCUCCACAUUGUACGUUGGUUUCUGUGUUAAUCUCUGUGAUUUAAAUCUUAUGUCAGAGUGGUGAUAGAUUUUGUCAUUUUGUUGUUGUGAUUAUUGGUAAUGUUUUACUACUGUAUUCACUGGGGCUGUGUGUUGAGACCAGCCAAAUCCAUUUAUAGCUUUACUGAGCCAGAUUUAUUUUUCAAGAUUUCCCACAUGAAAGUUGGGCACAUUGUCUUUCAGGGGGUGGGGUAUGCACUGGGGCAGGGGUGGGAUUACACAUACACGCAUUCCCUUUUCUGUGUGCUCUUUUAAAUAGCAAGGAUGUUUACUCAGGAUUUGGGGAUCAGUUGUCAGCCAUAGUGAAUUUGGCAAACUGAGCUACAUGCCCUGAAAACCCCUCGUUUCUCCGCUCACAUCACCAGGAACAUCUGCGUUGUCCAGUGUGAGGGCACUGCCGCCUAGUGAGCGUGGCGGGCUUUCCCGGGGAGGCAACUACGAAUGGCCAGGUUAUCUCUAAGGGUUUCAGGGUAGCUUGCUGUCAAAGGUGGUCUCCUACUCAUGCACUCUUGGUUUCAAAGACGACGACGAUCACUUAAGUAGAGAGAUUUCCUUACCGCUCUCAAGAGAACUACCAUACUAAGUUGGGAGGAAAGGCUUUUUGGAGACAAGUCAGUUUUCUGACUGCAGAGACUCCUGUGUCACAAACAGGUAUGUUUGGGAAACGCUGUUCUUAAUUCUCUUUAUGUACAGACUGAAGUGACGAGCCACUGCUCUUGGUGGCUUGCAGGGCCAGUGGUUGACUCACUUACCUCUGAAAUGCAACUUUGCUCAUAUCUGUGUUCCUUCAGAAGCUGGAAGUUUGUAAACUGAAAAGUUUCUGUAUUAGCUUAAUUAUUCUUUCUUGGUAGGGAUGAGAACGAGCAGCAAAAAGAAAGCUAACAGUCCAACGAAUUUACUCUCCUACAACACUGGUUUUCUUUUGUGAUCAAGAGGGGAAGAGAUAGGAGAGAAGAGAGUGAGGAAAAGUGGCUGCACUCCCCCUUUCUUACCUCGCUGACUUAGUAGGUGCCUUGGGAUGACAAACACGUGUAUCUCUGAACUUCGUUACCAUUCUUCCUGCGACGCUGGGGGCAGAACUCAGUCUGGUUGAUCCAGUCAGGUGAAAUCUGGUGUUUUCACACCACUUGACAGUUUCCCACGUGCACGUUGCACCCCAUUAUCUCACUGGCCAGCGCUGUGUCCACACACAGCAGGAUGCAUCUGCAAGGGAGCUCUGCCUUUCUCCUCUCCCGAUGCCCCUGUUGCGAGGCAGGUUUCAGGAUUGGUUGGCCCCCGUCGGGGUCCAAGCCCCUCGGUGCGGCAGGCAGCAGCGCGCACUUGAGCAGUCUUGGGACGCCAGCUCCCUUGACUCCGUUUUCAUUUUCCUUUAAAUAUGAGUGGCUCUACACAGCCAUAAUUACCUCUCAGAUUCACAUUGGUGUGCAGUGAUCAAACGAAGGUUUGGCUGCAUCUUUUCAAAUUGUAACCAUGGUAAUUGAGGGGGGUGGCAUAGAAUGAAUAUAUAAAAAUAUAAUGGCAAUUGUUCCAAAUGACUGAGUGUCCUCCUGACAUGUAAUUAGCUGUUUUAGCAGGAUGCAGAUUGGCAUGGUCAUAAUUAAAAGGAUUUCUGUCCUUUAUGUGAUUGGAAAUGGCAGAGCUCCCCUCCCCUGUUCCCUUUUAGCACCAAUGCUCCCGAGAACAUUUGGAACAGCAGCUCGGUAAACUAAAAUAAUGACAUGGUACUCAUGUUCUCCCCUAAGUGGAAGAGAAGGAUUUGGAGUUGUUUCAGCUUCCAAAUGGAAGCCUUUGAUUAUUGUUCCCAUUUGACUUCUAAAUUAUUUGAAGCCUCACUCACAUCCUGUUCCUCCUCACUCACAUCCUGUUCCUACCUGCUCCACUUUCGGUAGAAACCACAGUCAGAAUCCCAAACCUCUGACAGGCCUCCCGGUCACUCCGUCCCACUGGCCAGCCAGCUUGGAGACCUCGCUGGCCUAACCUGAGGACAUGUGCUGCUCACCGAGGUCCCUGGGGUUUUCAGAUUCUUCCUCGGUUCUUGAUGUUUCCAUCAGCAUCACCAUCACAAAGUAUUUACCAGACAGGAGUUUUCAGAGUUGAACAGGGUUUUCCUCAUUGAACCCCAGGAUCCAGACCACAGCAUGACAGGAACACAGGCAUUAAACAGCCAGGCGGCACGAGGGGAAUACUGGUAUUCGCAGCGUCCUAAAGUCACUGGAGCGAGAGACGUAGGCUCUCCCAAGCUUUUCUCACGUCAGGUGCCUUUGCUGUCCUGAGUUUUCCCAUUGUCCUGCUGUCGCCGUGAUCAUCUCCUCAGCACUUCCAACUUCUCUCCCACUCCUUCCCUUUCUCUGUCAUGCUCCCUGUCCCAUCGGGCAUCGUGUGGUCUUGGCGCCCUACAUGGUCCCCUGCUGUUUUCAUCCUGAGGUGUCACACUGGAUAGGAGCUGCUGAGUCACCAACUAGUCUUUCUCUAGAAUGUGGUUUGUUUUUUCCCCAUCACUCACAGAAGUCUUUAUUCAAUUAUACGAUCAGGAGUGAGUCUACGAGAAUCCUAGCCCCAACGUAGUGCCAACGGGCCUCUUAUAAGCCGUUUCAUGCCCAGGAGGCUUGUGCUUGUGCUUGUGCUAGGUGAGCCUGGUCCGAGAGCCCUUUCUUUUUUUAGGCCUGGACGCUCCAGGCUUGGCUAGUAGCCACUAAGGAAAAUAAAGUUCUGGCUUUUUUUCAUAUUUUGCUGCUUCUCCUUGUAUAAAUCUUUCCCCCUCCGCAUCUCGGAAACAAUCUGAACCUGGCUGAAAUGCUAGUUACAACUCGGGUCCAAUGGAAUGCUGAGAUCGGCUGCUUAGUUAUAGCUGUCCUCUCCCCUGUCCCCAAACACACACACACCCCUAGAGAAUUUAGGGAAAGGUUCUGAUGUCUUGGGAUUCUUUUAUUUUUGUUCCCCUAAAAAUACCUACAACGAAAUGUAUAGUAGUUGGGCUAGGUGAGGAAAAAGAUCCUAAAAGGUUUUUUCUUGUGUUUCUCCUGUAAGAUCUCAAAGCAACCUCACGCGUGCCCACCCCUUGCACACCUGCAUCCAGACGUACCGAGACUGCUUGCUUAGGGAGCCUGUCCGUCUCUGUGACAACGGCAGUGACUGCAGAUUCAUGACCCCGAAGAGCAGAGUGUCCCUUGUCUCACUUUCCCAGCUGCUGAAAGAGAACCAUUUCCAUUAGAAUUUAGAAUCUGUCUUAAGAUUAGAGAUUCUGAGACCUGCCUAAAUGAGUCUGAUUCUGUGAUUUGUGAGACAUGCAUUAAAACAGCCAGCACAACGUCCUGAUGAUCUGCUAACAUUCAGAGAAAAUAGAAUUAGCACCACGGUUAAAACCUUCGGACAUAAUCUAUCUUAGGGAUCAAAGUAUUAGAUGUGCCACUUCAGGGACGGUGCUACCUAGAAAGAGCUGGAGUUAGACACUUCCCUCCCCAGAUGUUUUUGGAAGCCACUUGGGUGAUUCAGAAAACCCUGCACCACAGCAGCCCCGCCCCCGCCUUGUGAAAAAGGAAACUUACAAAGAAAUCCCUGUCUCUUCUCUCCCUUCUAGUAAAAAUAAUAGCAUUUACCCAUGAAAUAAGUAUUUUUUAGAAGCAAACAUCAUAAAUAAAUUAUUCUUAUAAGAAACUAAAGAUGCCCCCAUUCGAAAUCCUAUCAAACACACAGACCUCCCCAGCAAUCAGAGCUCCUGACGUGGCCACACUGAGCGCGUCUCACCCAGGACUCGCAGACCCGACACCGAGUGAGCAGUACCACCUUCACCACGGCCAGGCAGGGCUCCGGUGGAUUCCAAACUGUUUCACUUUAUCAAGGGACAGCACUGGGUAGGUCGCGUUGCCACCACCUCUGUGUACUGAAUUCCCUCUGACACUGGACCGGCGCUCCCGUGAGGGUCUGGACACCGUAGCCCAGGCUGGGCCCUUCCCCUAGUCUUCCUCCCCGGUCAGUGACAGGGACAGGAGCGUGGUGACGCUCUACAGCUGCAUUGGCAAGUGGAAGAAAAGAAUGUGGCUGCCUCAGUCUGAGCCCCGAGGGGAACUAGACUUUGCCAGCAUUUCUUGCCUGCAGUUCAGUUAGUAAAGGCAGAGAGUAUGAAAAUCUGUCCUGCCAACUGUUUGCUCUCUAUUCAGAUCCCACACGUCCUGCUGCGGUCACGGCUUGCUGGUGUUCUGGAGCCGCACAAGCAUCUGCCGUGGCUCAGGCCCUAACCUGGCCAGUAAAUGGCAGUCGCACAGAGACAAUUCCAGAUUUGGGCGCAGCAGAGUGAGCUUCCUCAGGGUAGAGGCCGGGGCCUGUCCUGCCGCAGCUCACAGGGAGGUACGGUGACUGCCGGUCAGGGACACUGAUCAAGAGACACGGGCUCCCGGCAUGACCUCACUCAACUAAAAUUCUGUUUCUUCCUUCCUGCCCUUUUCUGCUCCUUUCCUCUCAAAAAUAAGUGGUUCUCUAGGGGUUGGUUCUGUCAUUGUCUCUUUCCUGACCUGCUCUCGUGGACAGGCAUCCUUGAAAAGCCCAAGAGAGUAAAAGCCACCUCGGGAGCAAGGCCACGUCAUGAGUGGCCCCCAUAAUAGGCACGUUGAUACCUUAGCUGGCUGAUGGGGUUUUAUUACCCAACCUCUCUCCCCAAAAAACUGAAAGGAAAAAGGCAUGGGUGCCUUUCAUCUUGGAAUUGGUCCAGAUUUUGCACCUCUGCUGGUGGUUGGGGGUCACUGAUCCCUGGGGCUGUGGGCUGCGAUUCCUGCCUGGGAAGGCAGCUGUCACCAGUGUCUGUGGCCGCAAGUCACAGACCUCGUGCUUCAAGGCCAUUUCCUCCUUUCAGGACUUUUUCAACUUCCCUUCAGUUCCAGGCCAGGUCUGAAUUUCAGUCUUGUUUGGUGGCUUCUUUUGAGCACAGAAACCUCUCUUUUUGCUUUACUUGAACUAAGAGCCCAGCAUAAACUUGUGAGAGUCAUUUUUCCACUUCAUCAUUCACUGGAGCUAUUAAACUGGAAAACAGAACGGCGUUAGUGCUGUAUUGAUGGACACAGCAGGUGCUGCCGAUGGCACACGGGACUGUCUUGCGUCGCGUCUGUGCCAGAUCCGCGGGGCAAGCGCACGCGUUGCCGGGGUGGGCGGCACGCAGCGGGAGUGCUCGGCCGUGGGCUGCUUUCAAGAAGCAUUGUUGUUACGAUUUGCCUUGAAAACCACAUUCCACUCUGUUAGAAUCGGUGUACCCCUCAAUCCUGCGUCUGUGAGAAUGGGCGCCACAAAACCAAAGUUCGGGGUGGGGGGCGGGUAGAGCUUUUUCUUUGCGAGCAUUGGGAGCUCUGGCAAGGCUUCUUACUGCUCUUCAGCUUUGCCGGAACACUCUCUGAAGGGCCUCUUGUGUUCCUAACAGCCUGCUCACAGUGACCCUAGAAAGCACGUCCGCUUGGCGGGGCUGGAACAGGCCCCUGUGGGCCUCCCACACCCACGCUCGCCCACUUCCUUGGGGGGCCGUGGAGCGGGGACCUGGAAAGGCCUCUGCCGGGCUGAGUCCCGUCCCCUGAGCCAUCACCACCCUGGUUUCUUCUGACUCACCCUGGCUGCCGGGUGGGACGCUCUCCCUGCCGAGGGUGCCAAGAACGUCACAGUUGCCUCCCCUGGAAGAGCCCACAGCCUUCUCUGAUUUCCUCAUGGGCUCGCCCUCCCUUCCACGGCCAUGGUCAUGUUGGAUAUGCAGUACCUGUCAAGGAUAAAUUUUUAUUUAUGUUUUUUAAGUGCCUAAGCAAGUUACAGACCUCUGGAACCUGCCAGAGAGUCGGCCUGUGCCCUGUCCCCUGUCCCUCCCCGCCCUGCACUCGGCUCUCCGGGGCGGGCACAGGGUGGCUGCCCCUCUCCAGCGUCCCUGGCGUUCUGCAGGCAGAACCUCCGCAAGGGCAGGCGAGCGGGAGGGAUCUCUUCACGGCCACGUCAGGCUGGCUUUGUCACUGUUUUCCAGUGUUUCUUUUUUUAGAGGUGUUUCUGUUUAUGUGGAUAUGGUCUUGGUUCAUAGAGAAGUUUAAGAGUCUGUUUAGCUACAUCCCGGUGGCUACUGAGUGUAGGCAGGAGAGCGGGACAGCCUCCGAGCAGCAUUCUGUCUCUUGUCAGCUGCAAACGCGUCCAGACCAAGAGGACCAAGCGUCAAACAAUCGCAGUUCACACACGUGAUGAUCCACUCGCGAUCGUGAGUCACUGGGGCCUGGCUGCGUGCUGCGUCCUCUCCCCCUAGAAGGAGGGAUCAGGGUGUCCGCUCACAAGGGCUCAGAAAGGCUGUCAUCAGUAGGGCGUUAAGCAAGAUCAAAAGUGUGUUUUUAAAAAUGAAUGUGAGAGUUAUUUGUUUGCUUCUUUUUAAAAGUAAUUUAAGUCUGACCUAAAUACGGGGCCUUUAUUACGUGGUGGGUGUAGGGCAGAUUGUUUCGUGACUGCACUCUGUUCCAAUCACAUCACUAAGCAGCACUCAGAUGAUUUGCUGGUGCGUUAAAAGGUUUUGCAAAAUGGAACAAUCCAAACCCAGGCACUUUAUUUUCAUUAAUGAUCCAGCAUUUUUGUUCGGACAAUGCAGUAACCCAAACACCGGGUAUUCACAUCUGACACUCGGGCAGACUCGCCGGUAGAAUUCUGAAUUCCGACUUGGGUAGAGCAGGGAGGCGCGUCGAGGACAGUGAGCAGAUGGGUGUGCACUGCUGUGGUGACAACGAAAAUGAGGCUUUUCCGGAGCACGUAACCCCCACUGGGCUCUGGCAGGGCCUCGUCACUCAGUUCCCAGACGCUCGUCCUCACAGGCUCUACCAGGUGUGCCGUUGUCACCCUGGUUGUCACUGAGAAGCACACAGGCAAGAGUGCCGCGGGCGGGGCUGCAGGGCGGCCCAGUGUCUCCUGCGCUCUGGCAAGAGCAGCGCUGGGAGGUGCCGUUUCUCAAGGGCGUGUUCACUGCGGGGUGGGAGCUAGCUGGCGCAGCAGGAUCUGAGAUGGAAAGCGAGUUCAGCGGUCGGAUAGGUCAGACUCCAUGGACCAGAUGCCUUGGGAUUGCCUACAGUAUUUAGCAUCUACCAAAUGGUCGCGUCCCUGAGACAGGCUGUGUGGGACCCCUGCCGGACGGGCUUGGGGCAGAGCGCCCCUCCCUGCCGUGGCUGUUGUGCGUCUUAGUCUUUGUGUUUCCCUUCGGUGUCUCCUCUGGUCUCUGUCCCCCAUCUUGUGCACCAUGUGUCCCUGAGGGCGAGUCACACCUGUGUCUGAGUCUGCUGUAAGGUGUUCAGUCUACCUCAAGGGGUCAUCAUGGUCAGCUCUGCCCACAUGGAAUCCUCCGUCCAUUGCCACACACACUGGAAUGUAUCCCCCGCCCCUCCAGUAAGCCCUCGACCCCGUCUUUCCUGUAAUCACCACAAACUCCUAGUGCAAAUUGGAUGCUGCUUUAAAUGUGAAAACAAUUGUUCAAAAGCUAUAAAACCUGAAUGAAAGCUAAAGCUGAAUUUAUAAGCCUUGUUGCAUAUGAGCCAAAAGUGCAAAAAGCUCUAUAUAAUGAACUAACCUGCCACUCGUAUAAAUAUAAAUAUAUAUAAAUAUAUUAAAAUCAGACUGUUCUACAAAAUUGUGUAUUUGUAUUUUUGUGUACGUACAAUUUUCUGCUAAGCAGAAGGAGGAUGUAGUAUAGGAUGCUGUGAGAAGAGAUUUGGUUUAAUCCUAUUUCUUUGUUACUUAUUUUUGUUAACAUCAGAUGCCUGUCUUCGUCUUAUAUGUGUACGACACUGUUUGCAAAGGUGCAGUAUCUCCCUUCCUUGGGUCCAGAGUCCACUACAGAAUAAAAUCUGGGUUUUAGGGAGUUGGCCGCUCAACACAGAUAGUGGGAGGGGACCCGGAGCCGUGGCGGUCCUGAGGGGGGACCUAGGGAGGGAAGCGGCGUCCCCGCUUCAGGCCGGUCGUUGUAUCUAGACUUCCUUCUGGGAAGCAAAAUCCUACUUCUAGAAAUCAGCUUCUAAAACAAAAGCUUAUCAGAUCUCUCUAAGACAGACUCUCCCCUGGGCCCACCAGGAAGGGACACAGGAGACCUCUGAACUUAGGAACAGGACCUCCUGUUUCUGGGCCAGACGCGUGUCUGGACAGCAGCGGGGACCCUGCCUGGCUGUGGUGCCAGCUCACUGUGCCAGGGCUCGUCUCCCUCCUCCAGUAGUCGCUGCCUUUCUUCCGAUCAGGUUACCAAAUGCCUCCCUCUGCUGAGCUGCUGACGCCGCACCACCCAGACCUCCAGCCCCAGGUACCUGGAGCAUCUCAGAACCCACUUUGCCGGUGCUAAAUCACAAGAGGGGGUUAAAGUGGCUGCCACUAGUGGCCAGAAACCAACAAGCAGAGGCCAGGCCGAAAGACACGUUCCGGGUGCCCAGGGGCCGACGGGCGUCCCCCUGCCGCCCGUCCACCUCCCAGCCCCGCGACGGUCCCUCUUGCUGGGACGCUUCCCUAGGGAGAGGGAUACUGCACCUUCCCCAGUAGGACUCAUAUUUAUAACAGUGUGUAACGACUGUAGCAAAAGCCCUUGUUUCUAGAUGUAAAUGGUCCAAGAAACAAGCGCUCUAUUGUAUUGAAUAAAUAGUCCGAUGAGUCCUGUAUCAUUGUCUCUCCUAUUCUGGAUUAGUGCCUUUUGGACAGUAGACUGUUCUGUAAUUAAAAUGUAGUAUACUGCUUUUUUGUACAGUUUUGUUUUAAUAAAACUUUUUUUUAAUUUGUGUUUAUUUUAGUAUUGUACCUAUUAGAGAAUAAAAUGUAUAACUGAA